AGCUGCAUUUUCGCGGAGGCGAAGGUCAUCAGAAAUUCAAAAAAGUUUCACCUUUUUUAUCAGUUUUUAAAGUUGGAAUUGAUUAAUUUGUCACCCAAUUGGACAGUGGCAUGCAGUUUUAGAUUUUAUCGGUGGAGAUGUUCAGUUUUGGCAAGAAACCCGCCGCUCCGAAGCGGGAAAGGAAACGCGAUCCAUCCGAGUAUGGAUUGUUCGGAAUAGGUGACGCUGGCAUCGGGGACGAUAACGAUAGUGACCUGGGUGACGAUGGGGAUGAUGGCGAUUUGGAAGCUGAGCUGGCGGCAAUUGCUUCCGGAUCCGGUGCUGGAAAGAAGCCGCGACCGAAACCUAAGGGAGGUGUUGUGGCACCGGAAGCUCUGGACGCGAUGGUGGCCGCAAGUUUGAGAGACGUUGGCAGUGAUGAGGAGCUUUCCGGAGAUGAUGAUGACCCGGAUUUAUUGAGCGAACUUGCGGAUAUCGCUGGUGGAGAUGUAGCUGAAGACGAACCGACAGUAGAUCGAGCAUCACCUCCAAAACGAGCGGCAUCUAGCGGCUCUGGGGUGAAAGAUCUGAUUAAAUCUAGAAUCGAAAUGUAUACCACAGCGGAGGACAAUGCAAAGAAAACGGGUGAUGCUUCCAAAGCAAGAAGGUUCAAUCGAGGAUUGAAAACGUUGAAAGACUUGUUGAAGCAAGCAGAAGCCGGGAAGGCAGUGGAUCCUAGCGAUAUUCCACCGGAAGUAAGUGUGAAAGGUGCCACUUCUGGACCUAAUCCAGAACCACCAAAAGAAGAAAAAUCGGCCGACAUUCCCACAGUUCCUACAAGAAAAGCUCCAGCUCCUCCCCCUGCAGGUCCUGCACCGGUCUUCGAAUCAACUACCAUGCCUACAACGCCUGAAUCAAAACCUUCACCUCCGGCCAAUCCACAGCUAAGUCUACUAAACGAUAGGAAGACCCAAUAUAAAACUGCUGCCUUAGAAGCGAAAAAGGCAGGAAACACAGAGAAAGCUAUCCAAUACAUGAAGAUAGUAAAACAAUUCGACUCGGUGAUUCAGGCGGUGGAAAAUGGGCAAGAAGUUGAUCUGAGUAGAAUGCCACCCCCGCCAGGAGAACAAGACAAAUCAUCACCUGUGGCUGCCACCAGUCCACCGCCAGUGCCUCCUCGCGCAAGAAAAGAGGAAGACCAUACCCAAAAGGAAGCCGAAGUGCCUGCCGUUGUUGUGACCAGCAGCGAACCAACCUCCCAAGAAGAUUCCGAACAACCCGAAGAGGAAGAAGUGCUGAUUCAAGCGUCCAGUAUUUCGGAAGCGCUUCAGCAACGGUUGGAAAAGUAUCAAUCCGUGGAAAAGGCAGCCAAGGACGAAGGCAAUGGAUCGAAAGCGCGCCGGAUUGGACGCAUUGUGAAGCAGUACCAGGAUGCAAUCAAGUUACACAAAGCCGGCAAACCGAUUCCGAUCGAUGAACUUCCGACCCCACCCGGCUAUGCACCUAUUCCGGUGGAUGGACCGCCAAAGGUAUCUCCCAAGCCGGCCCCAUCGCCACGACCGGUUCCGAAGGCUUCGCCAGUGACGACUCCCGGGGGGUCUUCUGCUGCUGCUGACGUUCCUGGUCCCAGCAAGGUAGCGAAAUCGCCCCAAACACAGAACGAGAAACAGAUUGUCCUUCUGCUGGAGCGCCAGAAGGAAUUCCGCCAGGCGGCCGUCGAGGCGAAGAAUGCCGGUGAGCUAGAGGAAGCCAAGGAAUACCUUCGAGUGUUCAAGGGUUUGGAAAAGUUGAUCGAUACCGCCCGCGGGGGAAUCCCGAUCGAUAUGAACACCAUUCCGAUAGCACCUUCCAAGCGAUCCUCGCUGGAGGACUCCUUCACGGUCGUUGCCCAAGAGGAUUGCACUCCAGCGGACGAUGCGGAUGUAGAUCUGAACACGCGUCUCGAGGAGCAACUGUCGAAGCAGCUGAUUAUGUGUAGGAACACUAGGGAUCAUCACCGGGCGAUGGGCGAUGUGGCCGGUACGAAUCGAUUCGAGAAUCUAGCUCUUAGUGUUCAAAAGGAUCUGGACUUUGUGAGAUUGGCACACAGAAAGCAACUACCGGUUCCGAAGUUCCACUACGAGAUGAAGCAGUUUAACGUAGUCAAGUGUAAUACGGAAUUAACCGACAACGAAGUUGAGGUUAUGAUAGUUAGGGGUAUCAACUAUAAUGUUCCUAACCCGAAAGAGGUGGAUACGUACGUGAAACUGGAGUUUCCAUAUCCGCAGGAUGAUCCUUUAAAAGCGAAAACCGGCAUCGUGAAAGACAGCGACAAUCCGGAGUAUAACCACCGACAGAGCAUCGAAAUUCAUAGAAGUCAACGUGCGUGCCAGCGGAUAUUCAAAAGACAGGCGCUCAAAUGUGAAGUUUUUUCCAAAGGAUGUUCAUGUUGGGGUGUUGGAUGCUUCCCGUGCUGCUGCUGUUGUCCAUCAUCCAGGUCUAGCAUUUUUUCAUCCUCCUGUUUCAGAGGUUUCCUUCGCUCGGACACCCUCAUUGGAACGGUCACGGUGAAGCUGCAGCCACUGGAAACGCAAUGCGAGAUUCAUGAUUCGUUCCCGCUGAUGGACGGUCGUAAAACAGCCGGUGGCAAACUGGAACUGAAGAUACGUGUCCGGAAUCCGAUCCUGACAAAGCAGAUCGAGCAGAUAAACGAAAAGUGGCUGAUUAUCGAUGCAUGAGUUGUUACCUAGCACUAGGAUGCAUUUGAUACGCGCGAUGCUAAGGCCAUGCCGGCGGGUGACGUGGAGAGAUUGACUGGUGAUGCUAGUAAAAAAUGUAAUGGAAUCUAAACAACUAUCACACAUGGCAGCAGAACAUCGAGCGGUUGCAGUUGCAGAUUUCUCGUUCUGUACUGCGUGCUACGCGAAACAAUCGAAAUGAGGAAAUAGCGCUUUAAGCUUCUGUUGAAUGUUGAAAUAGGUGGAAUGUUUGUAAAAUUGUGUGUUGACUGAGGUAAUCAGUUUGUGAUGAACGAUAGGAUAGCUUUACGAUGU